CCCGCUCCCUCUCCAUCUCUCUCUCUCUAUCUCUCUCUCUCUCUCUUCCGCUCUGUAACAUUUGUUUGAUUAUGCUUUCUUAGCUUCAGGUUCUAUUUGCUUUGCCUGAAAGCCAAGAAACAAAACGAAAGAAAAGAUGGAAAAUAAACUAAAAAUUUGAACGUCGUCCUUUUGAUUGGCUCAGUGUUGAAGGCGGUUUAAAAUGUUGGAAAUUUCAUCUCCAAUGACUGUAGUUUUCUUAGUUUCAUUUUGCUAAAUUUCGGAGAAACCAAACGGAGCGCUAGGGUUUAUGGAGAUAAUGCUAAAUCGAAUCUCUGAUUUUUAACCUCUCUUGCGCUCUGAACUACGUAAUCGCAUACUUCUUAUAGAUUUGGUUUAUUGUUCAUGUGUUAGUGUUAUCAAGAUUGCGUCCUAAAUCACCGUACUUCUUAUACAUUGGGUUUAGGGUUAAUGUGUUUGUGUUUUAUAAAUGAGUGCAUGCUAAAUCGCCUCUCUUCUUCUAGAUUGCGUUUAGGGUUUAUGUGUUUGCAUGCUAUUUGCCUUCUUGAGGUGCCUGUAGGAUUCCAGGGAAACAAAAAAUUUCUUCAAAUGUAUCAACGUAUCUUAUUUCUAGUGAAUUUGGGAAGCUUGGGAUAGUUCGUGGAGUUGUUUUAUGCCUCUUUCGUUAGAUAGUCUCCUUCCAAGACCAAAACAAAGAGAUUAAGUUUGUAAUAACUAAUAACUUGCUAUUUCAUGUGUUCAACCAAUGAAGAACAUAUUACACAAGUACAUGUAUCUAUAGGUUGAUAAAAUAAUCUAACUCCUAAUUCAUUACUAGAUUUCUAACAUCUUCAGCAGUAUAGUCUUAUUGGCUCUUUCAUUAAAAAAUAUUGAUUUGACACAUUUGGGUGUUGUUUGUGUUUUGUUAUUAUUACUUUAUUCAAGAUAUGCUGAUCAGGUUUUCCACACAGAUAUGAGGUGUUCGAUUGAGAAUCCUUAUAUCUGAAAGUCAAUGCCCGGAAAGGUGCAAGGUGCCACAUGUUGGUUACCUGGCAGAUAAGAAAAUUUGCUCAAGUAGAAGUGUUGUUUUGGCAUAGCUGCUGCAUUUUUGUUGUUAUGUCAGAAGCUACGAAGGAUCUUGUUGGUUCGAGUGAACAUGAUAAAAUAGGACCAGACUUCUUUGGUUACUAUACACGUUUAGUUACAGAGUUGUUAUCACAAGAAGAAGAUUUUCCACCUUUUGCUUCCCAAUCCUCUGAUCUAUCUCAAAGAAGAAGUGAUGUUAGAGGGAAGGAUGUUAUUGAGCACAGUUAUGGUACUUCUGGUUCUUUAUUUGGUAACAGCAUAGGAACUGGGCUUUCAGAUUUCAAAAAGGAAAGAUUGAAAUCAUUGCUCAGGCAGGGUGUGAAUUUGCUUUCACCAGAGGUUGAUGAGAUGCUAGAACCUGUUGUUGCUAUCAGCGGGUUAAAAUCUCAGCUAAAGAGCAGAAACUGUCUAUCGUCUUCUAAAGGUACAUUACCUGACAUUGAUGCAAGGAAUGCUCACUCUAAAAGACCAAAGAGAUCUUCUUCUUUCUCUUCAACCAGUCUCCCUGCACUUUCCACGCCUACCAAUCUCGAGUCUAGCAAAGAGGUUGACGAUGAUUUGCAGUUCCUUAUAGAGAAGGAUAGCUUGCAGGUUGAGGAGACAGUGAAGAAAUAUUCUGAUGAAUUUUCUGCAACAUUAGGGCACAUGGAACAGCAGCUUGAAAAACUUCUUGAUACUGUGAUGGCUUCGUGCAGGCCUAUGACCCUUCCUGAGAAACACAAGCUUGGAAAAUUGAUUCAGAAGUUACCACCAAAAAAUCUUGACUGUGUUGCAGAAAUGCUCCAACAUAGGAACGCAGCUUGUACAAAUUCCUCUGAUGAAAUUCAUGUGGAUCUUGAAAAACAGAGUAAUGUAACACUUUGGAGAUUGUAUUAUUAUGCUGAAGCAGUUGAGAAAGCUAGAAAGCUAGCCAAGUAGCUUAAUUUGAAAAAAGCUCUAAUACGCCUAUAUGAAACCAACGGAAGUUCGCUGUACCAGGGCUGAAAUUUUCUUUAGCCAAACGAAGAUAGUAGUCAUCAGUAGUACCCAAAAAGGAAAAAAGGGAGAUAGCAGUCAUCGGGCUUUCUUUCUCACUGCUUCAACAAGUAAUUUCUGCCCCAUCUGCACACUUCGAGUCUUUUGUAGAAAUCCUCCACCAGACCACAGAAUUUUGGUAAAAAUACACAAAAUUGAGCAUCUAAUCUUGACCAGUAAAUUUGAUGAUUUUGACCGUUAUGGCCCAGAAGUGCAAAAUUUUUGGAGCACCUCAAAAGUUCAGACGAAUGCGAGAUGAAGUUUUUGAUAUAAAUUUUUUCAUUUGUAAUUUGGCUUCAUUCUCUGCAUAAUAUGGGUUGGAAUCGCACAUUGUACAUCUUUUACUGUAUACUGAGUACAGAAAGUGACGAAAUUCAAGCUUAUGGAAUUCUUUGUAAACUUCUA